AUGUCUGCCGACUAUCGAUCAAUCAUAAUCGUGUUGAGCCUAGUGUCAGCGGUCGUUGGCUCGCAGUCGCUGUUCGCAGAAUAUGAUGAAGAUGAACGCCCUCGUGUCGCCUGGGUGCCAAUUGUAUCCCGUAAUGUCAACUCCUCAGCUUCUUAUGCACAUCGAGCGAUACAAGAGGUGAAUUCGAAAGAUCCAAACAAAAUCCAACGAAUCGUCAAAAUGUUGAACGACUCGUAUAACCGUAUGGAUGAGGAGCGGCUAGUCCACGGAUCUGCACUCUACAUUUCAUUGAUACCCGUCUUCAUUUUGAGCUCCUUGCGAAUAUUUUUCUCA